UCCGAGAGGAGCUCGGGACUGCCCCAGGUCUCUUGAUCCCGAACAGUUGGAUCUGAAAAAAUUUACUCCUCCUCCCCCAAGAUCCUUUACCUCCCUGCUCCGUCUCCCGCUCCCCGGAACAGACCCGAAGAGUGAACCCCUAAACGCGGUGAGAAGCGGCUCCCAACUCCGCGCAGGCUGGAGGCUGGAUUUCCCCCUCCUGUAUCCCCCACCCCCCACCGGCUUGCUUUUCACGUUUGAAAAGAGGAUAUUCGUGUAACCCCUGAACACUCCUUUUUACAAAAUUUCUAGGAGAGAUUUGGGGGCCGGGAGCUAUUUUAACAACGAAAAAGAAAAAAACAAAACCCAAACCACCGAAGGAUCUUUUAUUCAUCUUCGUUGGGUUUUGGAAUCACCCUCUGGACCUGGGAGUGAGCGAUCCGGCGUGGGGAGAGUGCAGAGACCAGCGAGGAGCGCCUCCUCCUCGGCCGCCCCCUCCCCACUCUCCAGACACUCUCGCUCGCUCUCUCGCUCGGCUCGCCGGCGCGCGCACACCCCCCGCGCCGGACCCGCACCUCGGCUGGCGCCACACACUCGGCAUCCCGAGCUGCCGCGGCCGCAGCGGGAUGGAGGCGGCGCGCUCCGAACGCCCCACUGGCUGGCCCGGGGCGCCUCUCGCCCGGACCGGGCUGCUACUCCUGUCGACGUGGGUCCUGGCGGGCGCAGAGAUCACUUGGGGUGCGACGGGAGGUCCUGGGCGCCUGGCAUCGCCGGCUUCGCGGCCACCGGCUUUGCCGUCUCUCCUGCCGCGGGCGGUGGUGAACCAGUGGCCGGAGGAGCUGGCGACAGCCGGGAGAGACACGGCGCUGGAGCGCCGGUCCAGACUAGAGCUGCUGCCCCAGCUGAGCGGCAGGGAGAUGCAUGUUGAAGCCCAGGGAUCAUCGCCUGAAGGCGCGAGGUGGGUUCCGGGCAUCCCAGUUCCUGGGAAGGCUGGAAGCUCUAAGAGGACUCGCCGGGCGCAGCCUCCCAACACCCUGGAGCGCGGGGAUGCUUGGGCUACUGCUCCAGCUGAUGGUUCUAAAGGAAGCCGCCCACAGACCAAGGGCUCUCGGGAGGAGGUGAAGGCUCCGAGGACUGGAGGACCAGCUGCCGAGGAGCUCCGGCUGCCCAGCACUUCUUUCGCGCUGACUGGGGACUCGGCCCAUAACCAAGCCAUGGUGCACUGGUCCGGACACAACAGCAGCGUCAUACUGAUCUUGACGAAGCUGUACGACUUCAACCUGGGGAGUGUGACUGAGAGUUCUCUGUGGAGGUCAACAGAUUACGGCACCACCUAUGAAAAGCUAAAUGACAAAGUGGGGUUGAAGACAGUCCUCAGUUACCUCUAUGUCAAUCCCACCAACAAAAGGAAGAUCAUGCUUCUUAGUGAUCCUGAAAUGGAGAGCAGCAUACUGAUCAGUUCAGAUGAAGGUGCGACCUACCAAAAGUAUCGGCUUGCAUUCUACAUCCAGAGCCUGCUGUUCCAUCCCAAGCAGGAGGACUGGGUGCUGGCCUACAGCUUGGAUCAAAAGCUUUACAGUUCCAUGGACUUUGGAAGACGAUGGCAACUCAUGCAUGAACGCAUCACCCCCAACAGGUUUUACUGGUCGGUGGCUGGAUUGGAUAAGGAAGCGGACCUGGUACACAUGGAAGUGCGAACUGCAGAUGGAUAUGCUCACUACCUCACCUGCAGAAUCCAGGAAUGCGCCGAGACAACUCGAAGUGGCCCCUUUGCCCGGUCCAUUGACAUCAGCUCCCUGGUUGUUCAGGAUGAAUACAUCUUCAUUCAGGUAACAACAGGUGGAAGAGCCAGCUACUACGUGUCCUAUCGAAGAGAAGCCUUUGCACAGAUAAAGCUGCCCAAGUACUCCUUGCCAAAGGACAUGCACAUCAUCAGUACAGAUGAGAACCAAGUGUUUGCAGCAGUUCAGGAAUGGAACCAGAAUGACACAUACAACCUCUACAUCUCAGACACACGUGGGAUCUACUUCACUCUGGCCAUGGAGAAUAUCAAGAGCAGCCGAGGUCUAAUGGGAAACAUCAUUAUUGAAUUGUAUGAGGUAGCAGGGAUCAAGGGGAUAUUCCUGGCAAACAAGAAGGUGGAUGACCAGGUGAAGACGUACAUCACGUACAACAAAGGCAGGGAUUGGCGUCUACUACAAGCUCCAGAUGUGGACCUGAGAGGAAGCCCUGUGCACUGCCUGCUGCCCUUUUGCUCCUUACACCUGCACUUGCAGCUCUCUGAAAACCCAUAUUCCUCAGGAAGGAUCUCCAGCAAGGAGACAGCCCCGGGACUUGUGGUGGCCACAGGUAACAUUGGCCCGGAGCUCUCAUAUACUGACAUUAGUGUAUUCAUCUCCUCUGAUGGGGGCAACACAUGGAGACAGGUCUUUGAUGAAGAGUACAAUGUCUGGUUCCUAGACUGGGGUGGCGCCCUCGUGGCCAUGAAACACACACCUCUGCCAGUCAGGCAUUUGUGGGUGAGUUUUGACGAGGGCCACUCCUGGGACAAAUACAGUUUCACGUUGCUACCUCUCUUCGUUGAUGGGGCUUUGGUGGAAGCAGGCGUGGAGACCCAUAUCAUUACAGUUUUUGGCCACUUCAGCCUGCGCUCCGAAUGGCAGUUGGUGAAAGUGGACUACAAGUCUAUCUUCAGCCGGCGGUGCACCAAAGAGGACUAUGAGACUUGGCACCUGCUCAAUCAGGGAGAGCCUUGUGUCAUGGGAGAAAGGAAAAUAUUCAAGAAACGAAAGCCAGGUGCACAGUGUGCCUUGAGCAGAGACUACUCAGGCUCCGUGGUCUCAGAACCUUGUGUCUGUGCUGACUGGGACUUCGAGUGUGACUAUGGCUAUGAGAGACAUGGGGAGAGCCAGUGUGUCCCAGCUUUCUGGUACAACCCAGCAUCCCUGUCAAAGGACUGCAGUCUUGGUCAAAGCUACCUUAACAGCACAGGGUACCGGAGGAUUGUGUCCAAUAACUGUACAGAUGGACUAAGGGACAAGUACUCUGCUAAGGCCCAGUUGUGUCCUGGAAAAGCUCCUCGGGGUCUCCAUGUGGUGACGACUGAUGGGCGCCUGGUGGCAGAGCAGGGGCACAAUGCCACCUUCAUCAUUCUCAUGGAGGAGGGUGACCUCCAAAGGACAAACAUCCAGCUUGACUUUGGAGAUGGAAUUGCUGUUUCCUAUGCCAACUUUAGCCCUAUUGAGGAUGGCAUCAAGCAUGUGUAUAAGAGUGCAGGGAUCUUCCAGGUGACCGCCUAUGCAGAAAACAACCUUGGUUCUGACACAGCUGUCCUCUUCCUACAUGUGGUUUGUCCUGUGGAGCACGUUCACCUCCGCAUUCCAUUUGUUGCCAUCAAAAAUAAAGAGGUCAACAUCAGUGCAGUCGUGUGGCCCAGUCAACUGGGGACCCUUACCUACUUCUGGUGGUUUGGCAAUAGCACAAAGCCCCUCAUCACCUUGGACAGCAGCAUCUCUUUCACAUUCCUUGCAGAGGGAACCAAUACCAUCACUGUACAGGUAGCUGCUGGGAAUGCCCUCAUCCAAGACACAAAAAAUAUUGCAGUUCAUGAAUAUUUCCAGUCACAGCUCUUAUCAUUCUCCCCUAAUCUGGAUUACCACAAUCCUGACAUCCCUGAGUGGAGGCAAGACAUUGGGAAUGUCAUCAAGAGAGCACUGGUCAAAGUGACCAGUGUCCCAGAAGAGCAGAUCCUCGUGGCUGUGUUCCCUGGCCUCCCCACUUCAGCAGAACUUUUCAUUCUCCCACCUAAAAACUUGACAGAGAGGAGGAAAGGCCACGAAGGAGAUCUAGAGCAAAUUGUAGAGACAUUAUUUAAUGCUCUUAACCAAAACUUGGUACAGUUUGAGCUGAAGCCAGGAGUUCAGGUCAUUGUGUAUGUCACACAGCUGACAUUAGCUCCAUUGGUGGACUCCAGCACGGGGCACAGCAGCUCUGCUAUGCUUAUGCUCUUAUCAGUGGUGUUUGUCGGCUUGGCUGUGUUCCUGAUCUACAAGUUUAAAAGGAAAAUCCCCUGGAUUAACAUCUAUGCUCAAGUACAACAUGACAAGGAGCAGGAGAUGAUUGGGUCAGUGAGCCAAAGUGAAAAUGCCCCCAAAAUCACACUCAGUGACUUCACAGAGCCGGAGGAGCUGCUGGACAAAGAGCUGGACACCCGGGUCAUAGGAGGCAUUGCCACCAUUGCAAACAGCGAAAGCACAAAGGAGAUCCCCAAUUGCACUAGUGUUUAAUACCAACAAGCCACGUGGUCACAUACCUUUCUGACUUUUUAUUUUUGAUGACUACUAUUACUAUUAUUAUGGAAAAAUGAAAACGUCUUUUUUACCUUUUGUUUACCAAGGGUCCCUUCAUAAAUAUCAGGCAGAUGCUUAGCUUUGAGAGAAAAAAAAAUGCCUUCAUAUGUCCUAAUGCUGAUCACAAUGGGACAAAAAGAAAACAUGGCUGUAUUUGUGCUAAGGGCAAAUAAUACAUCUUCCCACAGCAUCCUUCCUUUUUUCUGGCAUUGGUAGAGCAAAGACAUUUUCUUGUGUCCUUCUGUCACUUUUUAAAAGUUGAGUUGGCUCUUUGUUAUUUCCUAUUGCCUCUCAUCACCCCCUACACACAUCACAUCACAUACACCAUAGACCAUUUCCCAAUUCAAUUGCAGGAAGUUGGUUGUGGGGGAGUGGAUUUAGCUGCUGAAAGCACACACAACUUUCCGAAAGAGGCCCUGCCUCCUGCAUGCCAAUAGUGAGGCUACAGAUGGCUUAUUGUAUAUAACUAUGAUGUAAAUAGCUUUUUAUUUCCUAAAAAAUAAUUUAAUGUUUAGUAAAAAAGAAAACAGAAAAAAAGAAAGAUGCGUGUGUUAGCUUACACACUCACCCUCAGAGCUGACUGCCCCCUGACCUGCUUGAUGUGUUGGAUUCUGGAUGCUCUCUAACUGUCUGUCACACUCGGCUCUUGCAUCUCUGUCCACAUCAUAGCUGGUUUCUGCUUAUGUAUAUAAAAGGGAAUGGGGGGAGGGCUUCUAUAGAGCAAUCAAUAAGGAAGGAUUUGUUCCAUCCUAGAACAUGAGGGUAUUUUUCUUCCUAUAAUGACAUAGAAGAAGUCACAAGGACUAAUAGAGACUUCAAACUGAGUCUAGUCAGUUGGAUGAAACUUUUCCAAAAGAAAAAAGAAGCGUUGACAAUAUUUAUCAGCCUGAGCAAACAGACUUCUCUAAAGAAGCAGGUAAUGACUGAAGACCCUGGUCUGUUUCUGGUUUCUGAUGGGAUUCCAUGGAUAUGUGUGGGGCUAAUGGUAAAUUUCCAGGCUGCUGAGUGCUCAGAAAAGUCCCUGGUCAUUACUCUAAGACCAGUGAAUGUCUGUUCAGACAAGGAGAUCUAGAGAGGCUGGAAGGGAAGUAUUCUUUGUGGAAUCCUGAGUCCAUGCAAACCCUGCUGGUCAAAUAGAGGUCUAGCCUUUAAUGAUAUUAGUCAAUGAUGAUUUUAGCAAAGCUGUGCUAUUUGCUUGUCAGAUGUACACAACCUCCUUAAAGUCAAAUGUCUGCCUUCAGUUCCCCUAAGGUAGUUCUUGCCUGUGGGUUGAGUGGCUUUCAAAGGCCACAUUUGCUUUCCCAGCACCUCAGCCCUUUAACAUAUUUAACAUGCCAAUUUGUUUCAGUAGGAUCAUUUUCCACCAUGCUGUAAGCACUGGUUUAUUUUCAUGUUCCA